GAAAAAUUAUGUAAAGGUGUAUCAUAAGAUGCCAUAUGCAUACGUCAUAGACACUCAUGUGCACACAGUGAAGUAGGUAUGCGAAUUGUCUAAUUUUCUAUCUCACCGAGCUGAAGACUUGGGUGAUUUGUUUGGUGCUCGGUUUCGAGCUGGCACUGUUAAAACCCUGUGAUUCUGAAUAAAUAUCGACGUAGCAGCCAAUCCGGGACGUUUGCGUGGUACAGAGAAGGGAAAAUUAAGGACUUGGUUUUGAAAAAGUACAGGUAGCGAAAUUUGCUUUCGUGUGAUGAACAACGUGUUGGAAAGUGCAUUUGCUUGGACCGGUUCAUUUGUCGAAGCGAUAAGCAGACUCACUUGUGACGUAGCAAACAUAAUAUUCACAAGUUUCAGCAUUAGCUCGAGCUCGGGUGACAGCGAUACAGCUAACAGCGGCAGCGGUAGCAGCAGCACCGGCAGCAGCAGCAGCAGCAGCAGCAGCAGCAGCAGCAGCAGCAGCAGCAGUGUCGGCGGUGACACUCCUGUUGAUUCCGGUGAGAAAGUCGGGUUAAAUUUACCCCAGGUCUUGCAAGAGGCUGCGUCGCUGUUCGCCUUUGAUGAUUUUCAAUAUUUGCUGCUUAAGAUUUUCGUCACCAUUUUCAUAAGUAACGCUUGUCUCAUUUAUAUUGCCUGGUAUUAUUACGGGGCCAGGAUUACAGAACGAUUUAUGACACCGAAUACCUCGCCAGAAGAGCUUAAGCAAAGAGUGUUAAACCUACAACUUCCGACCGAGCAUUCUCAACGUUAUUCAUAAAACGUUAUUUCUGAUCAUUU